UACUUCAAAGAGAUUUAGCCACGCCCACAACAGACGUUAGUGUCUGCUAGGAGUGUCCUGUGAGGUUGAGGAAAGUUCACGCACAGGAAAUUGUGCUACAUAACACUUGCUUUUACCAAAAUGCCUAGUCAGUGGUCAGCCAAGAGGACAGGCCAAGGCAAGUGACCCUAGAUUAGAGAAUCUAGUUAAGACUAGUUAAAAGAGUAUGAAGGAUUAGGAUAGUGAAUAGCUAUUUGAUCAGUCGGGUCAAUCACAAAAAAGGCAGUUGGUUUAAUGGGCAAAUGUUUUUGUCUGCUAAGCCAAUUUUUUUAAAUAGACUGCAAUACAUUCAUCCAUCGCUGUGGCGCUACUGACCAUGUAGGGUUUUCCCUGCCUCAAAACUUCCUUUCACUAAGACCUAACUGAUGCUUUUCUUUUCAAUGCUAGGAUUCCCAGCUGCUGUAGUCCUUUUUCCACAUCAACCAUCCAUCUAAGCCUAUGCCUGCCUAUAAGCCUUUUUUCCUCUGGGGUUUUGGUGGUGAACCUUCUUCACUCCUCUGUCAUUAGACAGUCUUUCUAAAUGUACUGCCCAGCAUAGCCUGCCCUUUAUUUUGUCUGCUACUAGUCUGGGAUCUUGAUAUAACCUAUACAAUUCCCAGAUGGUUCGUAUUCUCCAUCCAUAUUCAAACUUUCUGACCACUGAAGUAUGCCCUUUUCCUGCAGAUAUCACUGGUCAACAUUGGAAUUGUUACUAACUUAAAAAGGGCAUAAUCUGUAGUAUCUUGGUGUGCUGAACACGAAUGCUUCUUCUUCUUCUUAGCCAUUCCCACUCCCAAUGGAGCAUAGGCCAUCCACAAUACUUUUCCAUCUGUCCCUGUCCUGGGCUGUCAUGCUAGUUCAGCCCAGCUUUUCUUCAUUCUCUUCACCUCUGUCUCCACUCCACUCUUCCAUGUGGGUCUUGAUCUUCCUCUUUUCCUGGUGCCUUGAGGAUUCCAGUUCAGGGCCUGUCUUGUGAUGUUAGUGUUUGGUUUCCUUAAUGUGUACCCUAUCCAUCUCAAUUUUCUCAUUUUUAUCUCUCUUUCCACCGGAACACUUGAUGUUCUCUCCCAAAGGACAGUGUUACAAAUUUUGUCAAACCAUCUUAUUCCUUCACAAGUAGUGAUGGGAUGAUAUCAAAAUUUUUAACGAUUCCGAUUCCAACCAAUUAUCCAGAUUCCCAGAUACGAUUCCGAUUCCUUGCCAUUAUUACAUAUAUGUAUUACUGUGCCCAGGUAUUAACAUAUUUAAUUAAUUAUAAAAGUUGAGAAUUGAUUAGAAAAGUUUAUUAACUUGCUAUUGAAGCUUUACAAUAUGCUAGAUAACAAUGUUUUCAAAAGGUUUUAUAUGCGAAACAAACUUUGCGCUGUCAAAGGCUUACGGCAGUUAAUCAGUUAAGAAUCGUUUUGGUAUUGGAAUCGGGUCUGAAUUAUUCAGCUCCGAUACCCAUUCCUGAUGCUUUGGAUAAAUCCUGAUAUUUCGAUUAUUCCGAUACGAUUCCGAUUAAUCGUCCCAUCACUAUUCACAAGCGUUUGUUUAUAAAAACUUUCAGUUUUUUAAUGUCCAAGUUUCACAGCCGUACAGAAGAAAUGCCUUGACCUUUGAGUUGAAUAUUUUUAAUUUUGUUUUUGUCAGUAUUUCACUUGAGUUCCAGUUGUUACGCAGGGCAUUGAAUGCUCCUCUGGCCUUUAUGAUGCUUCCCAGGUAUGUUCAAGUCUCAACUUCCUCAAGAAACGCUCUUCUCGGGUUAAUCCCAAUGACUCCAUCAUCCACUGCAUUUAUUCUUAAGGUCUUGGUUUUCCCUUUAUUUAUGCUAAGUCAAGCUUGCUGCGAUACAGAGUCAAGUUUUCUUUUUUUCUCCUGCAUUUGUUUGUGGCUAUGUGAUAAAAAUGCAAUGUCAUCUGCAAAAUCCAAAUCCUCCAACUGUCUGAAAGGUGUCUGGAUUCCAAGUUUCCCAUCUCAUGUUGUUUCUCUCAUGAUCCAGUCAAUGGAUAACAGAAAGAGGAAUGGUGAGAGCAGGCAUCCCGGUCGAACUCCAGAUUCUAUCAUAAAUGGGUUUGUGAAUUCACCUUCAUGUAUAACCCUGGAGCUUAUAUUCUUUUAUGUAUUCUUAAUUAAGUUAGUUAGCUUUUGGGGAAUACCAUAAUGUCUUAGGAGUUUCCAGAGUGUAUCUCUCUCUAAGCUAUAAAAUGCUUUUUCGAAGUCUACAAAAUUUAGGUACAAUGACGCAUUCCACUCCAAGCACUGUUCCAUGAUUAUGCGCAGGGUUGCAAUUUGGUCAGUACACAAUCAGUUUUCUCUAAAACCAUCUGAACACAAAUAUAACCAUGAAAUCUUUUUACUGGCUCUUUUUUUUCUUAUUGCUAAACCAUCCUAAACAAGCCUAGCAUAGCCUCCUGUAGAAUAUUCUCUUAAUUCAUCUGAUGAGAAGUAGGGGUGGGCUGAUCUCUUCUGCUCCUGUUCCAUCAACAUGCAAUGAUCCAGAUUUUCACUGUGGUGUGUCAUUGACCCCACACAGACUAACACGGGAAGAACUAAAUGACCUGGUUCUUGAUUUGGACUUAUCCAAGAACAAGUCAGAAUUGCUUGGAUUAGGACUCCUGCAAUGGAAUCUUCUAGACAAAGAUGUCACUAUUACUUUAUAUCAAAAGUGCCACCAGCAGUUGGAGCCUUUCCUCAGAGAGGAAAGUAAUCUGGUAUUCUGUUCUGAUAUUGAUGGCCUCAUGAAUAUCUCACAAAACAUCACUCAUGACCCACAAAAAUGGAGACUUUUUAGACACUUUGAAACUGAGUCUAAAGGCUGUGCUUUUGCACAAUGGAAACCGUCUCCCAUCUAUUCCAUUAUUGCAUGCUGUCCAAAUGAAAGAGAUAUACGAUAACCUAAAGCAUUUACUGAGUUCCAUUGAGUAUGACGAGUAUAACUGGUACCUCUGUGUUGAUUUGAAAGUAGUUGCCCUUGAAAUGGGAUUGCAGCAGGAAUAUACAAGAUGCACUUGUUUCUUAUGUGAGUAGGAUAGCCGAGCAAGGCAAUGGCACUCCUUUCGGAAUGGACUUGCAGACAAAAUGUAGCAGAUGGAGAGAAGAAUAUCCAGCACCCAGCUCUGGUUGAGGCUCAUAAAAUCCUGCUACCACCCCUUCAUACCAAAAAACUAGAAUUGAUGAAGGCCAUAGAAUUGUGAAAGCCAUAGACUGGACUGCAUCAGCUUUCUGAUGCCUGCAUGAAAAUUCCCUCAACUCAGCAAGGCAGAGAUAAAAUUUAAAAAGGUAGUUUUUGUGGGCGCUCAGAUUUGAGAGCUCUUCAAAGAUGACUGGUUCAACAUAUGACUUGAUUUUUUUUACAGGCAUUAACCUUAACUUAUUAACUUUGGCAUGCAUUUCAUGAUGUGAACAUAAAAUGAUUGCAAAUUACCAGGUAAAAAAAAACAACUAGAGCUUAUUUUGCAAUUCGACAGUCAUAUUCAUGUUGAGCACAUACAAAUUGAUACAUAAUUAAUAAUUUUAUUGCAGUAACAUGAACUUUUGUAAAAAAAAAUGUUGACCAGUGUAUUCUUUCUUUUAUUUCUGUUAGUAAUUCAUUUCUUUCAUUUAAUAAAGAUCCUAGGUAUUUAAAAUUGAUUUACUUUUUCAAAAGAGCGGUUUCUAAUUUAAUGGUUUCAUCUCUCUGUUCUACUCUUUACAUAGACAUGUUUUUUGAUUGUUGACUUCCAGCCCUGCUUGUAGAGAUGCAUCUUCUAAUUCAGUUAUCAAAAGCCUUAAGUCUUAAUUACUUUUUGCUAACAUACUACGUUUCGCUAAUAGUGCUAUGUCACAAAGCCGGCCUUUAGGGUGUGCAACCUGUGCCCUUGCACUGGGUGCCAUGGCCAAAGGGGCACAUAAAUAUUUAAAUUCCCUUAGUUUAUUAUAGUGAAGUGUGAAGUACCGUAGAAAGAACUAAUCAGUCUAAAUUAAUGUGCAUGUUAAAAUGCGUAUGGUUAGCUACACAUAUAGCAUCAUAACACUUGCUCCAUAGCCUACAUCAUAAUCAGAAAAAAGAGCGGAGCCAUACAGGGACAGGGAAGUGGGCGCUGAACGGAUGCUUCGCACAGGGCAAAAGUUUACCUUAGGCCAGCAUUGUAUGUCAUCAGCAUAUGCAAGAUACUAAAGGCGUUGGUUAUAGAGAGUGCAUAUAGGUUGUGGGUCUUGGGUUUCCUUCAGAAAGUAUUCUGUUAUUGUUCGUCAGGUGUCAACAUGUAUAUUUCUUAUAACUCUCUCUGUAAAUUUUAUUUAUUGAAUAUUCUCCAUAUGACUGGACCGAUGGCUUCUUUCUUCAACAGAAAAUCCUGUUCCAAGAGUGUUAGUGUUGCCACUGUAAAACAUUGUGUUGUCUUUUGUCUUGAUGAUGUCUGCAUUUUUCACUUGAAAGUUUUGCAAUGCAACUAUAGAGAUUUUAUAUUUAAUUAGUUGAUCUGUUAGGUUGGCUAAGGCUCCUGCUCUGGGCAGGCUUUAAACUUUCCAAGUCGCAAUCCAAAAAUCAUGUACAUGUCAAGGCAUAUGUCAAUUUCCAUUAGAAUCAGUCCUGGUUUUAUUUUUUUGUUUUGCUUUCUUUAUUUUUUUUAAUGGCUGGGUUGUUAGCCCUGCGCUUAACCCCCUUACAGCUCUCUGGGUAGCUGCCUUAAUUUUGGGGUAAGGUUCCCUAGCCUUUGUGGAUCCCUCCAUUUCCUACAAGACAGUAGCUUCUGAUUUUGUCCACCCUGGGUGUAUCAUAUACCCAGUACCAAGCAUAUCUGGUGGGCUUUCCCUUAUCCGCCACCUGGGGAGGGGCUCGAUGGAAGAUCAGUAUCUACGCAUGAGACAUAGAUUGCAAGCAAGCUUUAAUAAUCAAUCAUAAAAAAUAAAUGAUAAAUGAUAGGUACCUCUGACCUCACAUGCACUAAAACAAAGAGAUCUUAAUCACAGGUCUCUCCCCACAACCCUUUAAAAACAUUUUAACUCAAAAGAAAAAUAUAUGCGCCCUGUCUCUCAAAACUUGGUGUCAGUGUAGGUGCGAAGUAGGUAUUGGCAAAUAAAACAAAUUCUGAAUGAUUUAGUUGUGUCUAGCUUAUAAACAUACCAUUGUUUUGACUAUAGGUGAAAAAAUGAGACAGUAAAAUAUUCACCUCCUUAGUCCCCAAUUCAAUGCUAUUAACUGUUAAGACUUGGUAGAGACUAUUAAAAAAAAAACUCAAAACAAACACAGACCUAGUUUUUUUAACCAAAAUGUUUUUUGGGACCAGGUAUCUUUGCCUUUGUGGACCUCGCUUAUCAGCUCCAGCUCACAAAUUCCUUUUAUUUAAUCUGAGUUUCAGGCUCUACAGUUAAAAUAUUUGGAAGUUCAAUCAUUUAUUGCUGACAUAGUUUUAAUGAUUAGUAUUGAAAAAUGAAAAGCAAAUAUGGAUCACAACUAUGGGUGUUAAAUGAUAAUUGCCUUUCCGAUCAUCGGAUUUGAAAGUAACACCUCAUAACUAGAGAAGAAAAUAUAUAAGGUAUCUAUUGUCUGUGAGAUAUUUUAUAACUUACAUCCAUUUCAAGUACAUUGUGAGAUCUUAGCUACUAGCUAUAUCUGCUUUUAGGUGGAAAAUAUAUGCUAAAACUUUUUUUCAAAAAUAACUAUUUUUAUAUGAAACAAAUUUUGCCUCGUUUAUUAAAAUGUGUAUUUCUUUCUUAUUAGAUGCCACAGUUUAUGUUGGUGGCCUUGAUGAAAAAGUGCAGGAAAACAUACUAUGGGAGCUAUUCUUGCAAGCUGGACCUGUUGGUAAGGAUCUUUUGGCCCUGCAAAACAAUCUUUAAUCAAUCCUGCCAAUUUGGUUUCUCAUACGGUUUGUAAAUUUGCUUUUGAAAUAGUGUUGGUCCAAUUAAUCAGCAGGUAAUUUGCCAAUGGGCCAUCUUGUGGAUUAAUCAGGCUCUCCCUUUUUUUGACAGUGACAGGUUAAUAUUUUUUAAUGUCAUUUUGCAGCAAUCUAAGUUUUAAAACGAUAUAUAUGGUUUAUCAUUUUCACCAGCCUUUAGUUAUUAUCAGUGAUUGCUGCGCUGUCACAUUUACAUGUCAAUACAAAAUAGACACUGUGGUUUAAGUCAACCUAAAUCUUUAAUCAAAUACUCUCAAAUGUCAUAAUUAUGAUAUUUUAUACUCAAUACCUACAAUCCAUUGCCCUACUCCCCCUUUAUCUUAAAUAAUUUAUUAUUACUUUAUAAGCAAUCACCUGCUUUGUAAUUGGCAUUGGGCGAGUUGACAAGUUUGAUAAGUUGGUAGUCAGCCAGGUAACAAUUUAAACUAUUCACCUUUUUUAAAUUUUCGGUUGAUAUACAGAACCAUAAUAAAAAUAUUCAAUACCUACAAUCCAUUGCCCUACUCCCCUUUAUCUUAAAUAAUUUAUUAUUACUUUAUAAGCAAUCAGCUGCUUUGUAAUUGGCAUUGGGCGAGUUGACAAGUUUGAUAAGUUGGUAGUCAGCCAGGUAACAAUUUAAACUAUUCACCUUUUUUAAAUUUUCGGUUGAUAUACAGAACCAUAAUAAAAAUAUUCAAUACCUACAAUCCAUUGCCCUACUCCCCUUUAUCUUAAAUAAUUUAUUAUUACUUUAUAAGCAAUCAGCUGCUUUGUAAUUGGCAUUGGGCGAGUUGACAAGUUUGAUAAGUUGGUAGUCAGCCAGGUAACAAUUUAAACUAUUCACCUUUUUUAAAUUUUCGGUUGAUAUACAGAACCAUAAUAAAAAUAUUCUAAUACCCCGGUAAUAAUAUAUAUAAGAAUGAGCUAGGCUGAACAUAUAACACUAAAAAAAAUUAAUUUAAAUAAGCUGGGAUGCUUAAAAACAAUUAUGGGGAUAUAAAAAGUAAAAUGCAUUUGCUUAUAUUUAAGAAUAUGGUAAAGUAUUUUUAAUAAACAUUAGAAAUACAUUAAAAAUAACAAUUAAAGAACUAUUUUAAGUAUUUUAUCCUAAUUUGAAAGUUAAUGUAUUCUUUUUAUUAUCAAUAAAUUAUCAUCAAAAUAUUGCUAUUAUUAAUUCACAGUUAUCCUGAAAACCCAAAAUUGUUUUUAAUUGUGUUGUUAAUAUUGCGAAUUAAAAUUUACAUGUAGGUUAACCCUCUGGAGACGGAGCCUUUUCGGGGUGUAUGUGCCAAAAAGACGGAGCAAUUUUCACGAGCUCGAGACUCGCAUUGCAAAAAAAAUUUAUAAAAAAUAAACUAUUCCCUUAAUAUAUGUAAAAAUUUAUAUAUUCUUGUAGGAAAUUGAAUGAACUAAUACAAUCUUUAUGCAUCAAACUGACAUAUCAAAAUUUAUGCAAAUGAGGUAUCCUUAUUUGCAUAAUUUAUGCGUGUAAUUUUUUGUUACACCUAGAACAAACAUGACUUACUUGUAUCAAUUGUGUGAAUUUUUUGAUGGAUGAAGCCUGAAUAAGUCCAAAUACUUAUUUUUUGGGGAAAAAGGGCCCAUGAAGGCCCUUCAGACACCUCUGGCACAUGGUUCUACUCCUUUUCCACCCCCACCCCCUAUUUUUCAGUUGUUACAGACACACUGUAACAGGCCCCUAUUUAUAACCUAGGGACCUUCUCUUAAGCUGAAUGUUACUGACAAAUGUGUCUGCAUAGCAAUUGGUCUCUCUCAUUAACACUUGAGUGAUAUUUAGUGUAAAAAAUAGCAUAAAAUACUCAAAUGGGGUGCUUAUGACUUAUUUAUAGGGCUUAUGUUGUCUAAAAAUUCAGAGGGGUCAUCUCUGUCCGUUUGAGGACCCCUAAUACUAGUAAUACUAAACCAAGAGUUCACAACAUUAGCAUUACCCUCAAUUUGAAAGUCUUCAUUAAUUCCCUGGUUGUUUUCAGCAGUUUCAGUGUCAAAUUCACUGCUAGAAUAUCAAAAUUACUAAGCACAGUUUGAUCAGAGUCACUGUCAGACAUGUUCGAAAUUCACGAUGUAACUACACACACACACACAAAUUCCUGCAAACAAAUAAAUUGAGUUCACCUUCAACGAACGCCGCCAUUACAAUGCCGGGAUGUGCAGGAAUACGUAUGAAUAAUUUUGAUUCGCUGGUACAACGCCAAGCCAGCUAAUCGUGAGGCUCGAUCUAUCAGGCUGAUGGCUCGGACUUGACGUCUUUCUCGCUAGUGUACCUCGGGCCGAUAGAUCAGCCCUUACGUCUCCAGAGGGUUAAUUGCCCAAAUGGCUUCUGGCAGAAUCUGAUGUAAUUAGAAUAAGGCAACAUCAUUAGUCAUUUAUUAUUAUUAUCUUCUAUUAAUACUACUAAUUAAUAUUAUAAAUUUAAAUGAAAUCAGAUUGAAUUUUAUGAUUAUGGCAUAUAUAUUUUGUUGCCAUAUAGCUUUCCUAGCUCAUACUAGACUAACAGGUUUAGAUGUUAAAACAAUAAAAUAGAUUGAUGGAUAAUUUAUUAAAAAUUAUAUAGAAAUUUAUAGUGAUUGUCUUAUCUGAAACUACUCUAAAUCUAAAAAUUAACACUGUUAUUUAUUUAUUUAUUUAGGCAUUUUUAUAUAGCGCUUAUCAUAAAGCUCUAAGCGCUUUACAAUUAUUAAAACAUGUAAACUAAGUAAAUACAAAUGAGACACUAGGAUACACUGUUACAUUGGUAGAUAAUAAUAGCAGCUCACGGUCAAUGAAAGAACCAAUUAAUUUCAGAUAUUGUUAUUAAAACUAAAGGUUAUUCUCUUAGUACGGUAUUUUUUUAUAGUGAUGAUAAAUUUCACUCUGAAUUUCACUGUGCAAUAUAUGUAUAUUAUUUUUUAGGUGGGGGUGGUAGGCCUAACUUUUAAAAACAUUUUUUGUACGUGAGUGAUAUCGCUUCCAACAUUGUAAUAUCUCAAAACCCGAAAGCAAUACAGACUUGAACAUUCGUAUAUAGUUAAUUCAAAAUAAAAUUUUGAAAAAUAAUGAUUUUCUUCAAUAUUUGAAAUAUUUUUUUUUAAAAAUUAUAUGUAAUAUAUUGCGUGGUAAAACUGGAGUGGGACAUUAUAAUUUUUACUUAGUUUAGGUGCGUGGAAAAGUGUGGGUAGCAAAAUGAGGGUGUCAACAUCUGGGCUGCUUUUAUUAAUUUUGAUUAAAAACUUAAUAUAAGAUUUGUGUGUAGUGGGGUGUUGAUGCGAUUUUUAGAUUUUGCCCCAGACACCACAAAUUACGCUCAAUAUGGCUGGGUGUAAUUUAUUUAUGAGUACAGUUCUCUUAUAUCAAGAGCUUAAAUAUCUUACCUGAAAAUGUCUAGUUUAGGCAGAGGUAAAUGUAGACCUGAUAACGUCUAUUUUAGACAGAUGUAAAUGUAGACCUGUUGUAUCAAAUUUACUGUUUUGAAAGCCAUUAAGAGUUUUGUAAAUAAGAAUUUUGAAAAGAAUCUCAAAUUUAUUAAAUGCCAAUUGAGGAUAAAGUGGUGGAUCGUAUUAGAAAUUGAAUAGAUUUAGUCAUUGGCAGAAAAACAAUUUUAAGAGCUCUUUUAUGAAGAAUGAGCAUGCACAUCCCAAAUAGUAGCAAGUCAUGUAAAAAUGUUCAUGUUGAAUCAUACAGCCUUUCCCCCUCUCUCUCCUCAGUUAAUGUCCACAUGCCUAAAGACAGAGUGACACAGUCACAUCAAGGUUAUGGAUUUAUUGAGUUUAUGAGUGAAGAAGAUGCUGACUACGCCAUCAAGAUAAUGAAUAUGAUAAAACUGUAUGGCAAACCCAUCAGGGUCAACAAGGUGGUGCUUCCUUUAUUUAAAUUAAAGAAAUAUCUUUUUAUUUUUCUAUUUAUUUGUUUUAACCUACUCAGUGUUGACUUAAAUUUAUUUCAUCUGUAUGCAGAAAUUUAAAAAUACUCAUAUUCUCUGGCUCAUUUGAAGAGUAAUAAUUUAUUAUUCUCUGUUCCAUUUCCUUAUUGCAAAAUGAACAUUCUAAAAUAUUGAUAAUUUUUUUUGUAUUUUAAUUUUUACAUCAGGCAUCAGCUCACACUAAGAGGCAAGACAUUGGGGCUAAUAUUUUCAUUGGAAAUUUAGAUCCCGAGGUAGAUGAGAAAUUGUUAUAUGAUACGUUCAGCGCAUUUGGCGUCAUCUUGCAGACACCUAAGGUAGAUAUUGAUUUACUAAACUAGCAUUUUAAUAAUCUUAUUGUCAUCCCUAUUGGUCCUGCUGUAAAAUUUGUUCCCCUUCAGUUGUUUAUUUUCAAGGUAUUAGAAACAUGAGGUGUCAUGCUUAUGAUCAGAGCUCAGUGUCAUGAGGAAGCAUAGGCACGGAGACAAGCGUGAAAAUGAAUUGGUCGGUGAUUGUGCACAGUCAAACAAGUUUGUACAAAUGAGAGCAGAGGGUGGGCGCAUGAUGAAUAUUAUGAGAUAAUAGAGUAAGACUAAGAAGACAUAUUCAAGCAGGGGACCUUUUGGUUGAGUCAGGUUGCCAGGACAUCCUGUGGUUUUUUUUUUUGAAACAGUUGGUUAUCAAGAGCAGUACUAGAUCUAUUGACAGUGAUGGUUAUAGAGUAGUAGUACAAGCAUUAUACAAUGGCCCUGUGGCAAGAUUACUUCUUUAACUGUCAUGUCACACAUACCACUGUGUGUUAGUAUAGGUAAAAGUUUUAGAGUAAAAAAUAUUUCAGAUUUUGUAUAAAGACUAUAAAUAAAUAUAUUGCCAGUAGAGUAGUCUGUGUGUUAGUAUAGGUAAAAGUUUUAGAGUAAAAAAUAUUUCAGAUUUUGUAUGAAGACUGUAAAUAAAUGUAUUAUUCGUUAUAUUUGAUGAAAGCAGAGCAGUACAGAGAGCACAAUAUUAUCCUUUUAUCUUCUGAUCACCAAUUAGUAGGUUACCUUUAUGUAACAUGUAUUUACAAUUUUUAAAAAUUGAAUGUCAUUUGUUCAGACCACUAGUUUUCACUUGUCAUACCAAGAUUACAUUUAGGUGGGAUGAAACUCUUAAAGUGUUUUGGUGUGGCUUUCUGGCAUUGGAUUUUGCCUGACGAUUCACCAAAACAUUUAUAAAGUUAGGAAUGUAAUCUAAAUAGUUCGUUUGUUGUUUUUUAUAAAUUUAAAAAAAAUAACUUUUUCAGAUUAUGAGAGACAGAGAAUCUGGCAACUCCAAAGGUUAUGCAUUCAUAAAUUUUGCAAGCUUUGAAGCUUCAGAUGCUGCCAUUGAAGCUAUGAAUGAUCAGUAUUUGUGCAACAGGGCAAUAACAAUAUCAUAUGCCUUCAAAAAAGAUGCCAAAGGAGAAAGAUGUGGAUCUGCUGCAGGUAAAUGGGGUCUAUGCUAAUAAUAAAUUAGCUAAGGCUAAAUUUUUUUUUUUCAUUUUUUAAAAAAUCUAAUACUGAUUAAAAAAUUUAAUUAACCUUAUUAUUUGUGUGUAAAAUGUGUUCUAUCUUAAACUUUUAGUUGUUUUUUUAGAGUGAUUUAAAUUGUUUAAUUGACAACAAAAUUACAUAGUUUAAUCAACAAUAAAUAUUUGAUGUGUAAUGUCAAAGAAAAUAAUUAAUUAAUUUACUACAGCAAAGCUGAAUCCUUGGACAAGAAAAAUUGUUCUUUGGUAAAUUUUGUUUACAUCAUUGAUGGUGUAUAGAUGUCAUAAAAAAAUAAAACUUCUUGAUGUCUUUCAGAAGAGAUACAUUGAGCUAUUUGAAGUAAUUUUUGGUUCCCAUUUGAGUGCAUACAAUUUCAAGAAUGCCUCUUAAAAAGUAUGGUUCAGUUUUUAAAAUUGAAUAUAUCUAUUCAACAGAACGUUUACUUGCUGCCCAGAAUCCAUUGUCUCUCACUGGCAGACCACAUCAGCUCUUUGCCGAUGCCCCACCACCUCCAUCUCAGCCUCCUCUUUCACAAGGUGUUCCAGGAACACUUGUCCCACCCCCACCCCCACCAAUGGGACUGACUCCUGGAAUGCCCCCAGGUUUGCCUCCAGGAAUGGGUAUGUGUCAUUCAACUUCAUAGCUUAUUUUACAAUAGAUAAAAAAUAGGUUUCACUCUUUGUAGUUAAAACAUUAUACACUGAUGACAUUAGUUUUUAUGUAAUAGUACGUUCCCAAUAAUGAGAUAUCUUUUAUAAAGUAAAGUAAGUAAUCCAAAUUAUAUUUCUCAAAUUAAUAAAUAAAUUAUUACCCUGAUACUGAUAUUCCGACUUUAUGUAAUGAUCCUCAGAUUGAUGGAUUUUUUUUUUUUUAAAUAAUCUUGAUGGGGUUUGAAUUAGAGAUGUUAUAAGUUUGCAAUAGCAGAAAUUUUUAAAAGAUAGCAAUAUUUCUGCUUGAAUAUUUUCUCAUCAGGUUCAAUGUCACAUAUGGCUCCCCCACCUCCGGCGCCAUCACCUAUGCCACCCCCUGGUCCGCCUGGAAUGCAACAAAAUUAUUCAAUGCCUAUGUCAGGAAUGCCUCCACCUCCCAUGCCUCCAGGUACUCCAUUUUUUUUUUUUUAAAGUGUCAAGUUAAUAUAAAGUGCAUAUGAUAAAAUGUGUAUAAUGAAUGAAUAAUAACUUAUUUUUACAUAGAAAUUAUAUGGUGAUUCCUAAAAUACUUUGAAUUAAACUUUGCUAACUAAAAAGCUGGGUUUAUUGUUUGUAAAAUUAAACUUUAGAGAAUAUAUAACUUGAAGAAAUGUUUUAUGAGCUUUUCAAGGCUGUUUGUUAAUUUGUAACGAUUUUAACAACAAUAAUUUGCUUCUUGUCAAAUUUAAAAAAAAAAAUUACUUUCCAUUUGUCAUUAGAGGUUGUAUGAUGCACGUAUUUCAAAUAGCUUUUUUUUUUUUUUAGGUCAAAAUUUUCCAGGCAACCAAAUGCCUCCCCGUCCUCCCCCACCCCCUAUGUCCAAUUCUGGUAUGGAUUACAGUGGAGGCCAAAUGAUGAACAAUACAAACAACAUGAUGAGUAAGUUAUUUUUAUGUGAAAUUAAAUUUUCUGUGUUUGUUGUCUUGUUCCAUAUUUCAAGCUUGCCCCAUAUCUUGUUCUUUAUGGUCCCUUCUCACAAAUUGAAAACAGUGUCCAUAACAAUAUCCGUUUUACAUAGUUGUUGGUCAGUUAAUUUACAAAGACUUCUAAUGUGAACUGGAUUAAAUGAUAAAAUAUAAUAAUUAUCACAUUAAAUCACUCUAGUAACAAUUCUUUAGUUAUUUGCUUAACCGGGUACUGGUGCUGGUUUGUUAUUUUCACAUUCCUGUAUACUGCUAUCACAGUGCCAUCACUACUAUAAAUAAAUAGUGGACCAGGAUAUGUUGCGGCUUGAAAAUAAGACAAGGCAGUUGUCUUGUCUUUUAAUUUCAAGCCUAAACAUAUCUUGCUCGACUAUUUACUUUACAAGGCUUGAAUGCGGCCCUCACAUAUUACCCUUCACUAUUGCGGUGAAAGCACUUGAAAUUUAUGUUAAAAAUCUGUAUAAAUUAGAAUGUUCUUACCAAAUUUGUACCAGAACAGAAAUAAGUAAGUCUCUGAGCGCUUUUUACUUUCAUUCAAUUCACUGGUUGAUUUGUUAUCUUUUUAGAUAGAAAUGUGCAUGCAUUGAAACAGUGGUCACCAAAGGGAUUUUAAAAUAUGCAUUUGUUCCACUAAGACUUGCUUGAUUUGAUGUAAACCAACUUAGUUAAAAGUUGAUUUUUUUAAAUUACCAGUCAUUGUGUUAGUAUUCCUCAAACAAUUCUGGCAUGGUACUUUGCAAAGGAUUUCAGGUUUACCACAGGUGGAUAUUGAACAAAGGGAAUAAUUUGAUUGAUUAUUUUCUGAUUUAAAUUUAAAAUCAGUAAUAAAUAACAUGAUGUGACUAAAUUAUAAAUAUAAAAUGUGCCAUGCAUUCAAAUAAUACAGAUAAGUGGGUUGCCAAGAGUUUAUAUCAAAUUUGAUUACACUGUGAAUUAGGAAUCCGUUGGUAUGGUGGCUACUGAGAUAUAAAUACCUAUAAUAGUUAGUGCCCAUUAGAUGAGAUAAAUGUUAUUAGGUUUUUCACUGACCCAGAUAAAGAAAUUAAUUUUAGAAGGAAAAGUUAGUUUUUUUCAGUUUUGUUUAUGUAAAAUUGAGUUGGCAACACAUAUUGAAUAACACAUUUACCUUUGUUUUUUAGACCACCAGAUGCAAGGGAUGGGCCCUCAGGGACAGAUGGGAGGUAUGAACUAUGGACCGCCUGGACCACCGCCUGGCAUGAGACCCCCGCCUCCUGGAUGGCGGGGCCCAAUGCCCCCUAGAGGCCCUCCUAUGGGAUUUGGUAAGUUUUAUUUUAGUCACAUGGCCUCAAUAAAAUUCUUAGUUAUCUUUUACAGUACCGGUGUGAGCUAUCUGUAAAUUGUGUACGCCUAUGUAAAUAAUUUUUUUUCUAGACAAGAGUUACUUAACCUGAGGCCCUUUGAGUUGAAUUUCCUCUGUAAUCUCUGUAAUGUUAUGAUACACGUUAAACACUUUAUUCUAAGCAGGGGUCCAUGGCUUUCUCAUGUCAUUGGCAAAGGGGUCCAGGGAAUAAAAAAGGUUGAGAACCUUAUACCAUCUGCAUUCAUUACCAAAAUGGCCAAAACUGAAUUGUCAGGAACAGUUAGAUGUUGGGAAGGGGGGGUGUUAUUUGUGUCUAUCUAAUUACUUUUCUUAUUUUCAGGCCCACCUGGCAAUAUGAGAGGGCCAAUGAGAGGACCCAUGAACAACAUGCACAUGAAUGGCCCCAGAGGACCCAUGCCUCCUAGGGGUAUGAGAGGGCCACCACCUGGAAUGAGGCCACCUCCACCUAGGUUUGGGGCAGGUGGUGGAGAGAUGGGCAACACUGGUAAUAUUGAAUAUUAAACCCAGAAGAUCCAGUGCUUAAGGAUUCAAUAAUUGCUGGAAAAAAAUCAAUUUUAUUGGCUCACAAGUUAAAAAGUUUUAAGAAAAUUAACCUGUUAUUUAGACAUUUUCAAUGUGUUGCUAUGUUACACACUUAAAUGAGUUAAAAUGAACUACCGGUAGUAGAAAAUAAACCCAGCUAAUAUUUUAGAUGUUCAAACACUCGUGACUUUUAUUCAAUGACAUGAAGUUUUUGGUGCUUAAAAUUAUGUUUGGGCACAAAAUUUUAAACAUGUAAAUAAAUGUUUUUAUGUAUCAAUAA